AGUUUGAGACUAACUGCAUAGUGGCGAGCAGAACACACUCCUUGAUAGCGCCACUAUUAUGUGCUGAUGUUUUCCUCAGCAGUACUAGUCCUCCAUUGUCACAUCACCUUAUCGUCGUUUCUUACCCUCGACUUCAGCUGUUUAGCUUCUCCCUGUUCACUAUGCAGCUCACUGUCUUUGCCUUCCUCGCUGUUCUUUGCAGCUCUGUUCUCGCUCUCCCUCAACGCCGUCAGGAGGACGUCGUGGGUGAACUCGUGGGUGCUGUGGAAACUAUCGUAGAAAC